CACAUCUUCAUCAGCAUGAAAUGGAGGACAGAGAUGUUCCAACCAGCAGCUCAGCUGACCAGAUGAAAGUAGAAUAUGAUGGAGAGGAUUGUGGAGGAGCAGAAACCAGCAGGAACCCAGUUCUAAAUCCUCAUGGAGAUGCUUCCAACUCUUCAGAGACUGAAGUCAGUAAGGAUGAUGAAGAGGACGAGGAUGGGAACAAUGCUGACUCUCAGCUGGAACACUUGUCAGACUCUGGGUCAACAACUGAAGACAGUGACAAAGACUGGAAGGAGAGCAGAGCUCCUGAGUCAGCUGUAAACUCUGUCAACAAAUGUUUCAGCUGCUCUGAGUGUGGCAAACAAUUUCUGCACAACCGGUCACUUCAGAGACACUUGACAUGUCAUUCAACAGUAAGACGUUCCAGCUGUUUGGAUCAGAAGAAAAGUGUAGAGACGCACAGGAAAGUCCAGACGGGACCAAAAUCAUUUAGUUGUGAUGAAUGUGGUAAAAAAUUUAACCAAAAAGAAAAUUUAAUUGUACACAUGAGAAUUCACACGGGAGAUAAACCAUUUUUAUGUAAUAUUUGUGGACGUAGAUUUAAUCAUAAGUCAAAUUUAAUCAAACACAUCAGGAUCCACACAGGCUAUAAACCAUUUAAAUGUGAGGAUUGUGGACAGAGAUUUACCAACAAGACCUGUUUAAACUCACAUGUGAGAGUUCACACAGGACAGAAACCAUAUGAAUGUCAGAAUUGUGGACAAAAAUUUAGCCAAAAGACAAGUUUAAAUAGACAUAUUAGAAUCCACACAGGAGCGAAACCAUAUGAAUGUGAUUUUUGUGGUAAAAGAUUUAGGCAGAAGUCAAAUUUAAACUUUCACAUGGGAGUCCAUAUUGGACAGAAACUACUUAAAUGUGAAGUUUGUGGACAAAGAUUCAGCCAUGAGAUAACUUUAAACUUACACAUGACUGUCCACACGGGACAGAUACCGUUUGAAUUUGAGGAUUGUUAACAAAGAUUUAGCCAUUUAGAUUUAUUUAAACAGACACACAAAA